GCGCGCAAACGAGAUCGAUUUAGCGGCGCAGCGGGUAGAACGCGCACGGCUGCUGUUGUUGUUGUCAUUGGUAGUUCAUCGGCGUCACCGAUUUAGCUCGGUUGGCUACGUACGGCGCGAAAGAAGUUCAACAUACAUGCAAUCAGCAGCAUCGUCGUGAUGCUUGCGUGCUACUCAUGACGACGCCGUUCUCUGGCUUCACCGCCCGAAUGUGAAGUUGUCGCUUUGCGUCUCAGCCAGCCAGACGAAGGAAAACGAAGAAGAAGCUCAUCAUCAUCAUCAUCGCUCGCGUUCAAUUUCCCCUACUCGACGGAGACUUCCGCCAGCCAUUAGCCAUCGCUCAUGAUCCCUCGUGAGAUGUAGCGACUAUUGAACCUCUGCAUUACCACCGGCCCAACCAGUGGAUUUCAUCGCUCCAUCCUCGCCACUCCGACCGGCGCCACAGUCUCGAUCGCCAGCACGCCGCGCCAGGCAACGGUGAGGGACCAGAUGACACGGCGGCAUCCACGAUGAACACCGAGGCAAUGCUCCUCGUCGCCAUCCACAGCGUGAUCACGGCAUUCGGCGUGGUGGUGAACGCACUGAUCAUGGUGGUGAUCGCCAACACGGCGUGCGCCUACGAGUGCCUGCCGCCCUCCGACGCAAUCCUCGUCAACCUGGCGUUCGUCAACCUCCUCAUCAGCGUGGUGCGCAACGGGCCGCUCCUCUUCUGGGACGCGGGCGUGCGCAUGUCGCUGAGCGACAUCGGCUGCAAGCUGUGCAUGGGCGUCUGGGUGGUGACGCGCUCCGUGAGUGUGUGGACCACGCUGACUCUGAGCAUGUUCCACUACCUGAUGGUGAGCAGGCGUCACACGAGCGUCAAGGGCAAGACGUCCGCCCUGCGCAAAGCGGCGCUCACGCUGCUCUGCGUGUGGGCUGCCAACGUGCUCUUCAGCCUGCCCGCUGUGGUCUUCUCCGGCAACAGCGCGGGCAACUUCACCGAGCGGCUCAUGCUCGUGAGCGGGACCGUUCGCCCGCUGCUCGGUUGCGUGCUCCGCUUCGCCAGCGCACGCGAGGGCCUCGCCUACACCACCGCGUCGAUGAUCAUCAACGAGAUCGUGCCCAUCGUGCUCAUGGUGACGGUGAACAUCAAGACGCUGCUCAUCCUCCACCGGCACCGGCGGCAACUGCACGUGGCCAGCCUCAUGCCGUCGCGCGUCUCCACCGAGGUGAAGGCGGCCAAGGUGAUCAUGGUGGUCGUGACCAUAUUCGUGGUCUGUUGGGGCAUCCACGUGUUUGCGAUCAACUACUACAACUACCGGCAAGACGAGGACCUGGAUUGGCUCAUCUCGCUCGCCAGGUUCUCCACCGCCAUCAACAUCAGCCUGGGCCCGUUGAUUCUCGUGGUGGGGCACGGCAAGCUACGCUCGCGAAUCAAGCAAUUUUUGCUAUUGAUCUGUAAGUGA